AGAAUCACUUUGCAAAUUACUCUUAACAUUCAACAGGUAAAAUAAAGUUGUUAAUAUUUGAUUUGAAGAUAGAAACAUUUAUCUUCUCAAAAUACUUAAAAUCAUUUUUGUGGUUCCUUGUUUUGCUUUGUAGAUUUCAGAAAUGGAGAUUGGCUUAGCAGUUGGUGGUGCAUUUCUCUCUUCAGCUUUGAAUGUUCUCUUUGAUAGGCUUGCUCCUCAGGGUGAUCUGCUCAACAUGUUUCAGAAGAAUAAGCAUGAUGUUCGACUCUUAAAGAAGCUGAAAAUGACUUUGGUUGGCCUUCAGGCUGUGUUAAGUGACGCAGAGAAUAAGCAGGCAUCAAAUCAACAUGUGAGCCAGUGGCUUAAUGAACUUCGAGAUGCUGUGCACGGCGCUGAAAACUUAAUGGAACAAGUCAACUAUGAGGCUUUGAUAAAACAAACCUAUCUAUCUGGUAAUCAUGCACAUAAUUCAUAUGAUAAAAGAUAAUGCGAAAAACACACAAUACUACUGAAACAUGGUUAUUAGUCUAAUAAAAUCAAUAAUGGGAAUUAAAGUCCCGCAACAUCUAUCAACAUUUGAAAAAUCGUCUGCAAAAUCUCAAAUACAUGAUCACUAAUAAUUUGAAAAUUGGGACAAGGCCCCCAGUAGAUCAAAACAUGACUAAAGAUAUAUAUCUGAAAAUAAACAGGCCUUCUGGAUCAUAGAAGGCUCACCACUGUACAACCUGAUCUGUGAUCUGAAAUAUCUACUGUUUAUCUUGACCCCUAGACUGUGUCCCAAAAUCUGAAAGGAGGAAGGGUCAGCACAAAAGUACUGGCACGCGAAGCAAUCCAAAAUAGUGUAUUUGUAUAUGUGUAAAGUAGAUGAGAGCAAUUUAACAAAACAUCAUGUAUAAAAUAGUUUCCAAAAACA